CAUCUUCAUUUGUUGCAGAUUCAGAAUGAUCAGUGCCAGCCGACUGUAGAGGAGUCUCGAUGGAUGAGAACUACAGAGAGAGGAUGGGAGACACACAGUGUAGAGCUGAGUCGCGGCAACAAUGUCUUGUACUGGAGAACAACAGCUUUCUCUGUUUGGUCCAAAACCCCCAAGCCUGUGUUGGUGAAGAACAUUGGGAUUACAGGAGUGGCCUACACUUCUGAAUGCUUCCCUUGUAAAGCAGGCACCUACACAGCCAAAUCUGGUUCUUCCUUCUGCCAGCAGUGCCCAGCAAAUUCUUUCUCUUCCAAAGGAGCUACUUCCUGCCAGCAGUGUGAGCCAGCAAAUUACUCAGAACCAGGUUCUUCCUUCUGCAAGUCUCGGCCAGCCUGUACAGAUAAGGAUUAUUUUUAUACCCACACUGCCUGUGAUACAAAUGGGGAGACUCAGCUAAUGUAUAAAUGGGCUGAGCCAAAGAUCUGCAAUGAGGACCUCCCCAAUGCAGUGAAAUUACCUCCAUCGGGUAUAAAGAUGAUGUGCCCCCCUUGCAACCCUGGUUUUUUCAAGACAAAUGCCAGUUCCUGUGAACCCUGCCCAUAUGGAACAUAUUCAAAUGGGUCUGGUUGUACCAACUGCCCAGUUGGGACCGAGCCCACUCUAGGCUUUGAAUACAAAUGGUGGAACACCCUGCCAGCUAACAUGGAGACUACAGUCCUCAGUGGAAUCAGUUUUGAAUAUAAGGGAAUGGCAGGGUGGGAAGUGGCUGGUGACUACAUAUACACAGCAGCAGGAGCUUCUGACAAUGAUUUCAUGAUUUUGACAUUGGUGAUUCCUGGCUUCAGUCCCCCACAAUCAGUGAUGGAAGACUCUGAAAAUAAGAAGAUAGCAGAAAUCACUUUUGUCUUUGAAACCAUUUGCAGUGUGAAUUGUGAGCUUUAUUUUAUGGUGGGUGUGAAUUCUAGAACCAACACCCCUGUAGAAACCUGGGUUGGCUCUAAAGGAAAACAAUCCUAUACGUACAUCAUUGAGAAGAACGCUACCAUGAGUUUCACAUGGGCCUUCCAGAGGACAGCAUACAAUGAUGCGGGAAGAAAAUACACAAAUGAUGUUGCCAAAUUGUACUCUAUCAAUGUAACCAAUGUCAUAGAUGGUGUAGCUUCCUACUGCCGGCAGUGUGCUCUGGAAACCUCUGGCUCAUCCUGUACUUCCUGCCCUCAUGGGCACUACAUUGACAAAAGUUCUGGUGGUUGUUAUCCAUGUCCAUCAAACACUUACCUGAAAGCUCACCAACCUUAUGGCAAUCAGGCUUGCAUCCCUUGUGGCCCGGGCACAAAAAGUAACAAGAUACAUUCUCUGUGUUACAAUGACUGUCACUUCUCAGUCAGCAUGAAGGAUAGGACUCUGGAGUAUGACUUCUCUAUACUGGCCAAUAGCACCUUUUUUUUAGGAGGGCCAAGCUUUACUUCAAAAGGCCUGAAGUAUUUUCAUCAUUUCAACAUCAGUCUAUGUGGGAAUCAUGGAAGGAAGACAGCUGUCUGCACAGAUAACGUCACAGAUAUUCGUAUUUUAGGCAAAGACACUGACUUCUCCAAGUCAACUUCAUCCUAUGUAUGCCAGUCCAUCAUCAUUCCUUCCGAUGUGAUGGGUUACAAAACAGUGGUUUCUUCUCAGCCUGUGAGCCUGGCAGACAGCUUUGUGGGAGUAACAACAAAGCCCAUUCUGGACAACAUCACUUCUCUUGCUGAUUAUUUUCCUGCUGAAAAUGAGGGCUUACCUGAUGUCAUAUUCUUUUAUAGAUCCAAUGAUGUGACCCAAACAUGCCGAGAUGGAAGAGCCACUGCCAUAAGACUGAGAUGUGACCCCCUAAAAUCCCAGUUUGGAGCUCUCUCUGUGCCAAGCAAAUGUCCUGAUGGAACCUGUGAUGGGUGCACUUUUCAUUUCCUGUGGGAGUCAGUCGAAGCCUGUCCACUCUGUUCUGCAGAUGAUUAUCAUGCAAUCAUCAGUGCCUGCAUUGGAGGGAUACAGCGAACCACCUACGUAUGGCGGAAGCCAAAGCUAUGUGCAGGAGGCAUCCUGCUUCCAGAGGAAAAAGUCAGCAUCUGCAAGUCCAUGGACUUCUGGCUGAAGGUGGGCAUUUCAGCUGGGACUUGUGCUGCUAUCCUGCUGACCGUCAUGACUUGCUACUUCUGGAAGAAAAAUCAAAAGUUAGAGUACAAAUACUCUAAGCUGGUUAUGAAUGCUAGUCCCAAGGACAGUGAAUUGCCUGCAGCAGACAGUUGUGCUAUCAUGGAGGGAGAAGAUGUAGAGGACGACCUGAUAUUCACAAGCAAGAAUUCUCUCUUUGGAAAAAUAAAGGCAUUCACUUCUAAAGCUUCUCUUAGGUACAGUCAGGCAUGGCAGGACUCUGUGUGUAGGGCUGUUCUCAAUAAACUAAGAGGAGGAGUCUUCCAGGUAGAUGGAGAUCAAAUGUAGAUGCAUGUAAAAACAAGCCAGCUGACCAAGGGUGUGCCACAAUCAAAUGUUACUAGAUAGCCUGACAGUGUGGUCUGUGAUCUCUGGC